GGCAGCGCCCGCACCCCCAGCGAGCAGCGCCGCAUCCGCCGUCACCGCUUCUCCAUCAACGGGCACUUCUACAACCAUAAGACGUCCGUGUUCACGCCGGCGUACGGCUCCAUCACCAACGUCCGGAUAAACAGCACGAUGACGACCCCCCAGGUCCUCAAACUGCUGCUCAAUAAAUUCAAGAUUGAGAACUCAGCGGAGGAGUUUGCGCUGUACAUCGUCCACACCAGCGGAGAGAAGCAGAAGCUGCGAGCCAGCGAUUACCCCCUGAUCGCCCGCAUCCUGCAGGGCCCCUGCGAGCAGGUCUCCAAGGUCUUCCUCAUGGAGAAGGACCAGGUGGAAGAAGUCACCUACGACGUUGCUCAGUACAUCAAAUUCGAGAUGCCUGUCCUCAGGAGCUUCAUCCAGAAGCUGGAGGAAGAGGAGGAUCGUGAAGUGAAGAAGCUAAUGCGCAAAUACUCCAUCCUCCGGCUGAUGAUCGAGCAAAGGCUGGAGGAGAUUUCCGAAGGUCCGACGGCGAUGUGA